AUGUCUCCCGACCUUAUCAUCGACCAAGUGGCCACCCACGGCGGUGCAACGCGGGUUGGGCUUGAUCUUUUGGAGCAGCGCGGGGCCGAGAAGGCACUAUGUGACGCUAUCCGUGAGACAACACAGGCGACCCGGAUGUUGGGCCAAGCAUUGAAGAAUGAGAAGGCCUGA